UUUAUUUCAGGUAAUGGCUUUCGAGCACUGUAAAACUCGUGACAGAUGACUAAAACUUGCCAAAGUGACACUUCGAUUCGCUCCUACUUCAUGAUAGAUCCUUCCACCCAUAUAACAGUCACUCCACCAGCGUUGAAGCAAAAACAGAAAGUUUUAGUGGAAAUAGACAAAUAUGCGGAGUAUUCCUAUAACUUAACUCAUAUCGAAGCAUCCCGUCACUUGAUCGCUCUCCGGAGUAAAUCCGGCUCUGUCCUCAUCAGACAGCAAAUAGACAGUCAAACGAAAUCAGUAGUUUUGAAUUCAUGUGACCAUUUCAAUCUGUUUAAUUCGAACGAGGCAACUGGAAAAAAGGCCAAGGUCGCAAUACUAUCCUCGCCACCUGUCCAUGCUUCCUCUGUGACGAUCAGUCUAGUUCGGUCCGGUAAACACGCUGUCACUAACUUCACCGAACAUCUAAAAAUAUUUUUUGAAAGUCCCAAAAUUUUACACUCAGGACACAUAUUUUGCGUGAAGAUCCCAGUAAGCACACCUGCAAACAUUCCAUUGACUGCGUGGUUAAAACACACUGCUUCCAACAAAAACUUUAUCCAGCCUUCCUAUUCAGUUUGUUUCAAAGUCAUUUCGGCCGUGGAAGGCGAAAAGAAGUUGUCGGAAUUUUUCUACAUCAGCUCUGGGAAAACUACUCUUUUUGAAAUCUCCAACGUUCACGAGAAUAUUCCAACGUUUGUUCCGCAUCAGAGAGUUGACUUGUAUUACUCAUCAGAGAUUGAAGUUUUGAAGAGUCAGCUUAAAAGGGAUAUUUUCGUCCCAAUAGUUCUUCCUGGUGAAAAAGGAAGCUGCAAGUCGGAGGUAGUACAUAAUCUUGCCGGACAUCUCGGAGUUGGCCUGUACCACGUUCCAGGUGUCAACUUUUGUGGGGAGGCUCCAGGAGCUCUGGAGAACAAAUACUCCACCCUCUCAGAUAACAUUGCCUUAUCUCUACCGUGUCUUGUUUACCUGGAUAAUUUAGAGCUGCUGGGUAAAACCCGUGACGGAAGUUCUGUUGACCCGAGGGUUGUGCUGGCACUCGGCCAACUGUUCGAACGGGUUCGGAGACUAUGGCAGGAAGGAAAAGUGUAUGUUAUUGGUGGUUGUUGUGAGACUAGCAGUGUCGCUAUGCAGAUUAGACACCUUUUCGAUUCAUGCGUUGUGUUGCCUUCUCCUAAAGUCGAGAAAUUAUACAGCUUUUUGAGCAGACACGUUAACAUCGACAAAAGCCCAGUACUUGAAAAAGAUGUGAAACGGAAACUUACGAAAAUGUCUCUUAGAAAGACUCUUAAGUUUAUCGACGAACUUCAGAUGCAGCUUGGUUUAGGUCUCAACGAUAACGAAACUGUUACUCCGGAUAAAUGUAGAAACGUUCUCCAAAAUAUGAGACUGGCAGAACCAACUGAGACCUCUGGAGUUCCGGACACAAAAUGGGAGGACAUUGGAGGAAUUGAUCACGUGAGAAGAGAAAUCGAGGAAACGAUAGAGAUUCCUCUCAAGUAUGCUGAGCUGUUUGGACCGGGAAUUAGAAGGUCUGGUCUACUUUUGUAUGGUAAGCCUGGAUGUGGUAAAACCAUGGUGGCUCGAGCCAUUGCUAGUCAGUGUAAUCUUAGCUUCAUCAGCAUUCAAGGACCUGAGCUACUGAACAGUUUCGUUGGACAAAGCGAAGACAAUGUUAGGAAAAUUUUCGAAAACGCCCGAAAUGUAGCCCCUACUGUUUUGUUUUUCGAUGAAAUCGACGCUAUAGCUCCAAAACGCUCAGGAGGUGUCAUUGACAGAGUGCUAGCCCAGCUCCUUUCAGAAAUGGACGGUAUUCAAUCUAGUAGCAAUGUCUUUAUAAUCGCUGCUACAAACAGACCCGAACUGCUUGACCCAGCUCUCCUGCGUCCGGGACGUCUCGAUAAAAGGGUCGAGGUGUCUGUUGGUGCAGAUGUGGAGUCAAGAGUUCAAGUAUUCCAGGCUCUGUCUAGGAACCUUAAACAGUCAGAUAAGGUAGAUUUUAAAACAGUGAGUGAGAUCAGCGGUCCACUGAGUGGAGCUGAAUGUUAUGGGGUUCUGUUGGAGGCGUGCUAUAAUGCUAUUCAGAGGUGCAUUCAGUCUGGGGAAAAGGAGUUCCUCAUUAACUUGAAUGAUUUAAUCUCUUCAGUGCAUUCCCGUGGCAGGUGAUACAUUUUGUAGGUUAAAAUGGGGCAAUUUUAUUUGUUGAUUUAGAUGUUAGUACUUUUCUGAAGAAAGUGUAAUUGUUUUAAUAUGUUGAAGUAAUGUUUAUGUGUCAUGAUAUAUGUUUUAGAAAUGAUCAAUUUUAAACAAUUGUUUUUCUAAUGAAAAGCUCAAAUAGCGUUGUCACUUUUGAACUUUUAAUUUAUGCUA